UUUUUUUUUUUUUUUUUUCAAAAUCCAAAAUUGUUGGUCAAAGGAAUUUAAAACAACCAGGUCCGUUAUUUCAUUAAAUAAAAACAACACACGCACAUCACAUAUCCUCCUUUUCUCUCAUCUCCGCCGGUGACCUGCACAACUCACCAUAUCGACGCCGGCUUCCAGGAUAUUGACAUACAGGAAGCAUUUGCAAGAAUACACACCAUAGCAAUUGCAUUAAAUUUCAAGAAAACAAAAAAUGGUUAAGACAAGGAGCAUGACUAGAAACCAGAACCAUGAUGAUACACUUGCACCUAGCAAAAACAGGAUCAUGACUUGUGAUCUUUGGUCAGAUCUUAACCAUGAUGUGCUUAUUUUAGUAAUGAUGCAAUUAGGAGUUGUUGAUUUUCUUGCAUUCAGCAGAGUUUGUAAGUCAUGGAGAUCACUUGCACUGUCUAACAAGAACAAGUUUAUAGUGUCCAGACCACCCAUGACCAUAUCUAUUUCUACUGAUCCUAAUGUGAAAGAGUUUUACUUAAAGGACUUUGAAGGAAGCGAGUUGAAAACCAUUCUUCCUCAUCUGGAUUAUAAAACAUGUAUUGGAGUAAGUUGUGGUUACUUGAUUCUGUUUAGUGAGAAAAGAAAGGACUUCUGGCUUCUGAAUCCUAUCACAAGGCAUGACCUUCAUGUCCCUUUCCGUGAUGCCUACCCCGACCCUCAUUCUCUAAGGGGUAUUCUUGUCUUUUCACCUAUAAUAUCUCGGUGGGUGUUUGUUGUGUUUGGUCAAUACUCUCGUAAUAUAUGGUUUUGUAUUGUUGGUAAACAAGAAUGGAAUCAUAUCUCCACCCCUUUCUACAUCAAUGAUUUACAUGCUUUAAAGGGAAACGUAUAUACCAUACACAAUGAUAGCUGUUUGUGUGAAGUGAGACUUUAUCCAACACCCAAAGUGACAAUACUUGAAAUCAAGAAUUCUCCAAAGGGAUACUUUGAUUUUCCCGUGUUUGUAAGUUUGGGUGAAAAUCUUUAUGUGAUUGAUCGACUUCUAGACAAGAAGAUUCAAGAAAUAAAUCUUAGCAAAAUGGAAUGGGUGUCAUGUGAAAAGACAGUAGAAGAAUAUGCAAUCUUUAUUAGCAAGGAUAUGCUGCCUGCUGGUUUUGUAGGAAUAGAGUGGUGGUUUGAUCUUCACUCACAAUGUGGGAAAUUUUACGUUUCUGCUCAAAGUGGAAAAAACAAGUUGUUUUUUGCAAAAAUGUGGUAUUUUUUCCAUGAUUGUUUAAAUGUUAUUUUUCUAGAUCAGUGAUGGACUUGUUAUGCUACAAUAUUGUCAAGACUCUUGAGAAGUGUAACUACGUUCUCAAUUUAUAUUCUCUUUAAUUUC